AUCUCUCUAACAAGUAUAUCAAACGAUUCAAACCCCAGGCGAAUUGAUUUUAGGAUUUCAGCUGGUUCUCUAUGAUGCUGAGCAACCAAACAUCGUAGAAAGAACAUUAUAGAAAGACCCAUCUUUGGGAAAAUGGAGAAGAAGAAAACAGGUUGAUAAAGAGAAGAAGAAGAGGAGUAAUUUGUGAGAAUAAGGAAACACCCAGCAUCAUGCCUCACCCCCCAUUUUUGAAUUUCUUCAAUACAUGCAUUACUGGAAGAAAGAGAGCAAUUUUGCAUAAAAUUGAUCACAACGGAAUGGAAAUUAGAAGUUAUUAUCAUCUUCCUGAUGAAUUGAUGAUCGAGAAUAUUCUGACGAGAUUACCAGUCCGGACUCUAGCAGUUUGCUCUUGCGUCAGUAAGGUAUGGUGCAAUUCAAUCCUUAAUGAUUCAAGAUUUUCUGUGAUUCACUAUAUUCAAAACAAAAAUCAAGAAUUUCUAGUCUUUAAUCUGCUUAAUGUAUCGAGAAGGGGCAGCUUGGGAAAGACUUAUGUUUUCAGUUUAUCAGGACAAGAAAAAGUGGAUAUUAAAUUAGUGUCAGCUGUAGAUAUUGAAAUUACAAGAAAACUAGUAGGUUAUUGCAAUGGUUUAUCUUGUAUGAAACAAAUCAGUCAGCCUAAUGAUACUCAUGGUUUCUGAUAAAUGUCGUAAACCCGAAUAGGAGUGAAUCACUUGUCCUCUCUUAUCUACAUCUACUGAGGGAGAAUUCAUUUUCAUGUGCCAUGGUUUUGGUUUUGAUUCAUUGUCACAAGUAAACAAGGUUGUAAGUGUUUUUGCUUCAAAAGCCAACAGGAAGUAUCUUUGCAUGGUCAUUACAUUGGGAACUAUGAAAUGGAGAAAGAUAGUUACUAAUAGUCUUUUUGAUAUGUCACCACCACCGUGUUCUUCUUGUUUUCAUGAUCAAAUGACUGCUAGGACCUCCAAAACAAUAUGUAUAUUAUUUGCAAACUUAUGUGUAGCCAUAGGAACUGAGAAUGUCUCAGUCUCUUUCACCUAUCACUUAGGAUGUUCCUUUGCUUUUAACUUAAAGUUACGUUUAAAUCUAGGGAAGUUGAUGUUGCCGUGUGCAUUGUUGAGAUACAUAACUUGUAAUAUAUUUGCUCAAGGCGUAUUACAUCUAUGUCCAGUAAGUGAUGCUUUCUGUAAGGGUCCAUGCUUUCGUGGGUUCUUCUGGUUCGUUUGCCUUGUACGGCUUACUUUAUGCUUCUGCUGGACCAGUAAAGUACAGGAAGGAGACUUUCAGCCAGGCAUGCGAAGUCAUAUAUACAGAGUAGCUUAGCAAAAAUAUCUGCCAAGCUAUGGUUGACCAUCUUCCAAAACAUGGAGAUGAGGUACCAUCGUGCUUUCUCAAUGUCAACUUACUAUGUUCAAAGUCAUCCAUUGGCCUCCUUACAAGUACACAAAGACCCAAGUACAACAGAAGUACAGAAAUAGACCCCUCUUUGUCUCAGACGAAAGUAAUGGGGAUAUGGCAAGUAGGAGCUGCAGGGCUACUUCUCCUUCAACUCUUCAUAUCAAAUGCAUUUGCAACAGCCGCAUAUCUGCAAAACCCAGACUUUGAAACACCACCAACAAACAUACCAAAAAACUCAACAAACCCAUUUAUACCAUUGAAUUCAACAAUCAAUACGCUACCAGGAUGGUCAUAUCAAGGCACUGUUCAGUAUGUGAUUUCCUCAAGUCGGGAAGGGAAUGCAAUAUAUUUAGGCCAAAAUGGAAUGAUUAAUCAAACAUUUAACGCAAUGGAAGAAUAUGAUCAAACUUAUGAUUAUUUACUUACAUUUAGUCUUAAACCAGCUCAACCAAAUUGUACUAAUCCUACUAGUGUUACCAUCUCUCUUCCGAAUAGAUCAGCUGUUGUCUCAUUCAACAAGAAAUUUGGGAAUUCAAGUAGUUGCCAGACUCAUGCCUGUUAUUUGGGUGUUCAUGGGGUUAAAGAGUUGAUUAACCUCACUAUUGAAAAUCAUUCAACUGAUCAAAGUACUAACACCACUAAAUGUGGUGUGAUUUUGGAUUCCUUCAUUUUCAAGCUUAUUCCGAAUCCUAUAAGCUAUGACGCUAACUUCUGGUUUGGAUACGAAAACGGGCGAUCAGUCAGCAAAGUAAUAAAAGAACUGCCACAAAAUGGCGGGUUUGAAGUCGGACCAGCAUUUUCCAACAACUACUUCGGUGGCGUUUUAAUUGACGCAGAAUCAAAUUCAGCUCUAUCGCCAUUAAACCGAUGGACAAUAUUAGGAACAGUGAAAUACAUAACUAGAAACAAAAACUAUAGUGUUCCAGAAGGAGUUGCUGCAAUCGAACUCGUCUCAGGGAAAUCAAGUGGGGUAGAGUUAGGAUUUGAGUUUUGGUGAAAGACUUCCACACUCAGAACUGUGGAGUCUACUUGUUAUUUAUAUCAGAGAGUACAAAGGUUGUUACAACUAAUCAACCUAUUCAAGUGUUACAGAUGCUAUUUUAACUGUAACUAAAGACCCGUAAGACUAAUCUAAACACAAAAUACUCGGUCAUUCCUUCAUACACGGAAUGCUUGCUGGUUUGGUUGAGAGUCUUCAGCAGAUGAGGCUCUAUCGUUAACAGGUAGAAACAACAGUUGCACUAAACAAAGGUUCCGAGUACAACAUGCAAGUUUCCAUUUCCGAAAAUAAUGAUGCAUGUGUAGGUAAAUUCGAAGUGGGUGUGCAAGCAGGAUCCACAGUUCAGAAUUUCACAAUAGAAAGAUAUGGAAGGGGAACGGGGAUGGGUUUUACAUGGAUAAUCAAAGCAGAUUCGAAUAUCACUCUUAUUAGUAUUCGAAGUUUUGCAACAACCAAAACUAAGGAUCAUUUUCUCUGUGGUCCUGUUAUUGAUAAAGUUACUCUGGAUCUUGUUAUUUCAUAUGGCUUGAAAUUGCAACUAAGCAUUCUGCUUGUUGGUAUUGCGUUUCUUGUAACUCUUGCAUAGAUUAUUGUUGCAAAAGAGUGAUGUUUGAUAACGUUUGUGUUUCUUUGAUAACAUUUUUUAUGAGAUUGUAUCUACCAAUUACAGUUUUUUUA